AUGAAGUUCAUUCCAUGUGUGGGGCUGGUCAGUGGCAUCUGCCUGAUUGUGGGGACCAUGAUUGGCUCUGGCAUCUUCAUCUCUCCCAAAGCAGUGCUGGAGAGCACUGGCGCUGUGGGCCCCUGUCUGUGUGUGUGGGCAGCCUGCGGCGUUCUGUCCACUCUCGGAGCGCUGUGCUACGCCGAGCUCGGCACCAUGAUUACCAAGUCAGGAGGGGAGUACCCUUACCUGAUGGAGGCCUUCGGCCCAAUCCCAGCCUACCUGUACUCCUGGACCUGCAUCAUUGUGCUUAAGCCAUCUUCCUUCGCCAUCAUCUCGCUCAGCUUUGCAAAGUACGCGGCCACUCCGUUCUACCCAGGAUGCUCACCUCCUGAUGUUGUCACCAAGAGUCUGGCUGCUGUUGCCAUCAUUCUGAUCGUGCUGGUGAACUGCCUCAGUGUCAAGGUGGCCAGCUACGUACAGAAUGUCUUCACGGCAGCCAAGCUCAUCAUCAUCUUCAUCAUUGUGGUGGCUGGGAUUGUCCUUCUAGCCCAAGGAAACACACAGAAUAUCUCAAACUCAUUCGACGGGGCGCAAACAUCCUUCGGCACCAUAGGCUUGGCAUUUUACAACGGCCUCUGGGCAUAUGAUGGAUGGAAUCAAUUGAACUUCAUCACAGAGGAGCUGAAGGACCCAUACAGAAACCUGCCCCUGGCCAUUAUCAUUGGAAUUCCCCUGGUGACGGUCUGCUACGUCCUGGUCAAUAUUGCCUACUUCACCGCCAUGUCUCCCACUGAGCUGCUGCAGUCAGAGGCCGUGGCUGUGACCUUUGGGGACAGAGUCCUCUACCCUGUGUCUUGGAUAGUUCCCCUGUUUGUGGUGUUUUCAACCUUCGGAGCUGCCAAUGGGAGCUGCUUCACUGCUGGAAGAUUGACGUAUGUGGCAGGGCGAGAAGGUCACAUGGUGAAGAUCUUGUCCUACAUCAGCCUGAAGUACUACUCUCCCUCACCGGCACUUAUGUUUAAUGGGUUUCUGAGUAUCAUUUACAUAAUCCCCGCAGACAUCGAGACCCUCAUUAACUACUUCAGCUUUGCUCAGUGGGCUUUCUAUGGCUUGACGGCCUCGGCUCUGAUCGUCAUGAGGUUCACGAGGAAGGAGCUGGACCGGCCGGUGAAGGUGCCAGUCUUCAUCGCCGCCAUCGUGGUCAUAGUGUCCGCCUACCUGGUGUUGGCGCCCAUCAUUGACAAACCCGCGUGGGAGUAUCUGUACUGCACCCUCUUCAUUCUGGGCGGCCUGCUGCUGUACUUCCCCUUCGUUCACCACAAGUUCAGCUGGUCUCGGAAGAUCAUGAGACCACUCACUAUGCACCUCCAGCUGUUGAUGGAGGUGGUUCCACCAGAAAAAGUGGAUUAAGAAGAACGCUGCGGGACUUGCUGUCUGCGUGGUGUCAUGUUACAGUAACUACAGAAAUGCUGUUGGGGCUGCUGAUUGUUGAAAGAACGCACCUGCUGGGGAAAAUCCAUCCUCCUGGACUUGCUUGGCUCGAUCGCCUUCCUUUGCUGCACCUCCAGCAACUUUGAUUCUGUGUGAGACGACGUCUCUCUAUUUUCCUCUGACCAGACAUCGAUGUCCUUCCUCUUUGCCUGGGAAAGGCUUCUCGACUGGUGUUCUGUUCAGUCAGCUCUAAGGCACUGGACAGUUUCGUAUCGACAAGGGAUUCUCUGCCUAGUCUCAGUAGGAACUGGAAACAACUCACAAGGGAUUUUAAACAUCCAUCCAUUUUCAAUAAAUGUUUAGUCGCCUAUGGGUUCAUGGUAAGAUGGAGUUUAACUUAACAGCCAGUGGGUACAAGGCAGGUUACAUUCUGGAUGGAGCAGCAGUCUGCUAAAGGGCACACACACAACAGUUUAGAAAGUACUGCUAAUCUAGACAGCACUGAGCACCUGGAGAAGACCCACAUGGCCGGAGGGGACAUGCAAGUUGCAUGAAGGCACCUCAGGCCAGACUCGAACCCAGACAGCAGUACUUGCUGUCAUGCCCCCAUGCUGCCUCCCUAUCGAAGGCAUUAUUGUUUUUAUAUGUAAUAUAAGGGAUAAAGACAGUCAAUAGCUAAAAAACCUAUAGGUUACAGGUGGGAGUCUACAGCCCCAUUUGACUGAUUUUGAUUUUACUGGCAAAAAAUAAAAUGAGUGUUAAAAGGAAUGCGAUUGUGUGUAUGUUUUUAUAACAAAGUCAAUCCUGGUUGGUGUAUGAGAUUGUGAGCUAGGCUCUGCUGAGCUGAUUAAUUUCUUGCACAGUGUAAGAAGGCAUUAUCUAGAGCACAGCUGAGUCUUAGAAAUGUGACUGUUUACGCUUUCGAAUUCAUUAACAUGAAGUUAUUUCUGUAUUCCAUAUGGAAAAUCCCUGCUUUAGGAAAACUGUUUGGGACACACCACACUGACACAGUUGUAAACGAGGAACAGAUCAGAUCAGAUUACUGGGAUUGUUACUGGGGGGCUCCUCACAAUCAAACAAGACUUAUCGGGGUCACCAGCCUUGCCUCUUCCAUUCCACUGCCAGUCUUCAGCACCAGGUUCUCCAGCUUUCUCCUGCAAUAUGCAUGCUAUCUUGGCUAACUGGGCCCUGAACACGUGUGUGUGAUGGGGAGUGUGUGUGUGUGAGGGAGGGUGUGUGUAAGUGUGUGAGUGCUUGUGAUCCAUGCUAUCUUGGCUAACUGGGCCCUGAACACGUGUGUGUGAUGGGGAGUGUGUGUGUGUGAGGAGGAGUGUGUGUGAGGGAGUGUGUGUGCAUGCCCUGUGAUGGACUGGUGUUCUGUCCUGGCUGCAAGCUCAUGCUGUUCCCUGUGCCUGCUGGCUGUGGUUCCAGCUGACCGCUCUAAGGAUGAAGUGGUAACUGAAAUUUGAUGGAUGUUUACAAGCGGGCUGACCAUUUUGUUUUUAUUACGAUUUCACAAUUUCACCUGCUUUGUUUUACUGUGUAAAAAUAUCCACACAUUAGGACAUUAUUUAUUUUGAUGUGAUGUUGCAAUAUUACAACAUGAAUAAUGCAGCAGUGACAUAUUUAAUCAAUCGCAAUUAAUGAUGUACAGAAGCAGGUGGGAAUGAAACUGACAUAAUGAGCAUUUCUGAUGACAUAAUGAGUCAUUUGUUAAAAUCUGCCUGGCUGUUUAAACAGUAAGCUUAAUGAGAGCAUCUGACUCAGGGUUCAUGUUAAUUUCUAACCCUUUCAUGCAAAAUAAAUGAUUUAAUGUUUUUUUAAUGAUUUAAUUAAAAAUUUGAUCAGCAAAACGCAGGAGCAUUCAAGGAUCGGGAUAGGGAAACACUGUUUUAGAUUACUGACCAUAUGUAAUAACUAUGUGAAUAGUUUGCCAUGAUUAAAUGA